AUGCAAUCAAUCAGGUUCUCCGUUGUGCUGUUUACAUUGUUCGUGGCUGUUGCUGCUACUAGUACUUUUAGUGUGCAGUUACCAAAAGUAGACUCAUUCAAUAAUAUCAAUGAUUCUAAUCUUGAUUCUCUAGAUGAUCAAGAACCAGCAUUUUUUGAGAAGACAACCCGAAUUUUAGCUCGAAGAAACCGGCCUGCCAUCAUGACAUGCAACAAUUAUCCAAAGAUCUGUCGUCUCAAGGGCAGUUCAGGAAGCAAUUGCUGCAAGAAGAGGUGUGUAAAUGUGUUAACUGAUAAGUUAAACUGUGGAAAAUGUGGCAAGAAGUGUAAGUUCUCGGAGAUUUGCUGCAAAGGCAAGUGCGUGAAUCCAAUGUUUCACAGGAAAAACUGCGGAGGUUGUUCGAACAAGUGCAAGAAAGGGAGCUCUUGUCUCUAUGGGAUGUGUAGCUAUGCUAAUUAG